UCCGGUAGACGCACACCAUUCUUUAGAAUAAACAAAACGCCUGAGCUGUGCUGUCCUUUUCUCUUUAUCGCUACAGACCGACUCAGAUUAAGUCUGAGGCCGUUAACAUCAACAGUGAGGACAAACCCAGCCUGUCUCUCUCCUUCCACACUGAGUAGAAACCUACAGUCACUGGGUCCUGAUUGUGACAGUGGAGCCCAGUUUGCUCUGCAGGAUCCAGAGAUGGCAUCAGUGAAGCUGGAAGACUGCAGUCAAACACUGGAGCUGAAUGUCAUCAUUAAAGAUGAAGAAGAGGAGGAGAAGAUUGGAGACCAUGUUGAGACAUUCUCUACAUCAAGAGAGAAACAGCAGGAAGAUGACAGAGCUAAGAGGUCUUACCACUGCCCACAUUGUGAGGAGAUUUUCCAAAUUCUAUCAAAGCUAAAAAUACACCUUAAAAUACACACAGGAGAGAAUCUGUAUCCCUGUACUGACUGUGGGAAGAGAUUCACGACAUCAAGGUCUCUGACAGUUCAUCAGAGAGUGCACAGAGGAGAGAAGCCCUACUUCUGCUCUGACUGUGGAAAGAGUUUCUCUCGACUGGGCAACUUAAAAAUACAUGAACGUAUACAUACAGGAGAGAGGCCUUACUCCUGCUCUGACUGUGAAAAGCGUUUCUCUCGACUGGGCGACUUAAAAAAACAUGAACGUAUACAUACUGGAGUGAAGCCUUACUCCUGCUCUGACUGUGGAAAGAGUUUCUCUCGACUGGGCCACUUAAAAACACAUGAACGUAUACAUACAGGAGAGAAGCCUUACUCCUGCUCUGACUGUGGAAAUAGUUUCUCUCGACUGGGCGACUUAAAAAUACAUGAACGUAUACAUACUGGAGUGAAGCCUUACUCCUGCUCUGACUGUGGAAAGAGUUUCUCUCGACUGGACCACUUAAAAACACAUGAACGUAUACAUACAGGAGAGAAGCCUUACUCCUGCUCUGACUGUGGAAAGAGUUUCUCUCGACUGGGAAACUUAAAAACACAUGAACGUAUACAUACAGGAGUGAAGCCUUACUCCUGCUCUGAAUGUGGAAAGAGUUUCUCUCGGCUGGGUGACUUAAAAACACAUGAAAGUACACAUACAGGAGUGAAUUCUUACUCCUGCUCUGACUGUGGAAAGAGGUUCUCUCGACUGGGCCACUUAAAAACACAUGAACGUAUACAUACAGGAGUGAAGCCUUACUCCUGCUCUAACUGUGGAAAGAGUUUCUCUCGACUGGGCCACUUAAAAAGACAUGAACGUAUACAUACAGGAGAGAAGCCUUACUCCUGCUCUGAUUGUGGAAAAUGCUUCACAACAUCAACUGACCUAAAAGUUCAUCAGAGAACACACACAGGAGAGAAGCCUUACUCCUGCUGUGAUUGUGUAAAAUGCUUCAAAACAUCAACUGACCUAAAAGUUCAUCAGAGAACACACACAGGAGUGAAGCCUUACUCCUGCUCUGACUGUGGAAAGAGUUUCUCUCGAAUGGGCCAGUUAAAAAGACACCAAGGUACACAUAAAGGAGAGAAGCCUUACCACUGAUCUGACUGUAGAUGUUUUUUUUUAAACAGCUGAGCUAAAAGGGUCAUCGGAGAACACGCACAGGAGAGAAGCCUUACGUCUGCUCUCAAUGUAGCAAGAGUUUCUCCCGAUUGGGCAAUGUAAAAACACACCAACAGAUACACACUUGAGAGAAGCCUUAUCACUGCACUGACUGUGAGAAGAGAUUCUACAGAUUGGUGUCUUUUUAAAUGGCCCAAUGUAUACAUAAAGGAGAGAAGCCUCAUCAGUUCUCUCAGACCAGCUAAGAUUAGUCACUCCACUUAAUUAUCAUCUAAUAAAAUAAUUGGCAACUUUGAAUUGGAUCAAAUGAAGAAAGCGUAGAUCACUGUAUUGUAAUCCUAUAGUUUCUCACUGUGAGAGAACUGUGCAGAGGAGAGGGAGCAUUAUAGAACGUUAGCCUUUUUACUGAUCAGUGUUAACCUUGUCAGUAUGUGUUUUGUUCGCUUCUACUGUAAAAAUAUUGACAUAGACAACAUACACUGAGUGUACAAAACAUUAGGAACACCUUUCUGAUGUUGAGUUUGUCCUCAGAACAGCCUCAAUUUGUAGGGGCAUAUAGACUGUCCAAGGUGUUGAGAGCAUUCCACAGGGAUUCUGGCCCAUGUUGACUCCAAUGCUUCCCACAAUUGUGUCAAGUUGGCUGGGAGUAGAUCUCUACUCCGAAUAGCUCCUUCCUUCUCCUCCCACAGAUGCACAAUUGGAUUGAGAUCUGGUGACUCGGCAGGACCAUUGCAGUAAACUGAAUUCACUGUCAUGUUCUUGGAACCAUUCCUGGACAAGCCUUGUGGCAUAAUCCUGCUGAAAAAAUCUAUUUGCAGUUGGAUACACUGCUGCCAUGAAGGAUGCACCAGAGCAAAAAAACAAUUAACUUUGGUUGCAGGAAUGAAAACACUGGAAAAUUUGAAAAACAUUGCCUGGUCUGAUUAAUCCAGGUUCCUGCUGUUUCACGCUAAUGGAAGGACUAGGGUAUGGAGAAAACCACGAGUACAUGCAAGUAGUACCUAACUGUCAUACCUGAGUAAAAGUAAUGAUACCUUAAUGGAAAAUGACUAAAUUCAAAGUGAAAGUCAGCCAGUAAAAUACUACUGGAGUAAAAGUCUAGAAGUAUUUGGUUGUAAAU